UCCUCCGGGACCAGUCGGAGCGCCGGCUGUGCCGCAGGUUGACACGCCGUUCGAAGGGCCGAACAGCAUCAUGUGCCGCGACGAAAGCCGCCGGAAGCGCAUCGCCAUCAUUGGCGGCGGGUCGGCGGGCAUCGCUUCUGCAAAGUCCUGCCUCGAAGAAGACCUGCUGCCGGUGAUCUUCGAGAAGACCGAUCACCUAGGUGGAUUAUGGUACUACCGCGAGAAGCCGGAGUACGGCGUUCCAUCCCUCAUGCACGCCACCAUCAUCAACACGUGCAAGGAGAUGAGCGCAUUCAGUGACUUUCCUCCGCCCAAGGAGUUCGCAAACUUCAUGCAUCACUCCAUGCUGGUGCGUUAUUUUGAGAUGUAUGCUGAGCAUUUUGGACUCAUGAAACACUUCCGCUUCAACACCGAAGUGAUGCGCGUUGUGAAAAGUGCCGAUUAUGAGGCUACAGGCUGCUGGGAUGUCACUUACAGCACCAAGAAGGCAGACGGCAGCCUGGAAACAAAAACAGAAACCUUCGAAGGUGUUCUCGUCUGCUCGGGUCACCACGUCAUUCCACACGUGCCUACAUUUCCCGGAUUAGACAGGUUCAAGGGCGAAGUUCUGCACACUCAUGACUACAAGAUACCCGAACGAUAUAGAGAUAAGAAAGUGCUGAUCAUAGGUGUCGGCAAUUCCGGAGCGGAUGUCGCAGUGGAUCUCUGCCCUGGAGCCAAAAAGGUGUACCUGAGCACGCGCCGUGGAUGCUGGGUCAUUCGGCGCGUUGGUCUCUUCGGGCUUCCUGCGGACUCUGUCCUCAAUCGUCGCAUCACAAACCUAUUCAACCACAUGGCACCGGAGUCUCUGGUGAACUUCGUGUACGAGACGUACUCCAACGAGGCAUUCAGUCACCGGUUCUACCGGCUCAAGCCCGAACAUCGCUGGCGGAAUCAGCAUCCCACUAUCAAUGAUGCCUUGCCUAACGGGAUCCUCAGCGGACGCAUCAUCGUCAAGGGAGACGUGCUCGAGUUCACGGAGACCGGGGUAAUUUUCAAGGGCGAAGAAGGUGAAGAAGUCAAACUCGAUGUCGUCAUCUUGGCCACAGGUUAUUUGGCGACGUUCCCAUUCCUGGACCAUGACGUGCACAGGACGGAGAAGAACAAGGUGUGCCUGUACAAGUACGUGUUUCCCCCGCACCUUCCGCACCCGUCCCUCGCCUUCAUUGGACUCCUGCAGCUUCUGGGAGGGGUGUUUCCAGCUCAGGAAGCUCAAAGUCGAUGGUUUGCCCUGCUCAUGAACAAGAAACUUUCGCUGCCUUCUUCCGAACAGAUGAUGGCCGAUUACACGAAGAUGCGUGCACGACUCGAAAGUCGCUACGUUGACAGCCUCCGCCACACUUUCCAGGCGGACUGGGUAGACUACAUGGACGACAUAACAUCCCAGAUUGGUGCCAAGCCUAACCUGUGGAAGAUGUUUUGGCAAGAUCCGUCGCUCUUCUGGAAGUGUUAUUUUCUCCCCUGUCUACCCUACCAGUACAGACUACAGGGCCCUCACUCCUGGUCUGGAGCACGGAAUGCUAUCUUCACGAUGAACGAGAGACUCAAAGGUCCGCUGGACACCAGAAAGAUGCCAUCAAAAAAGGGGGAGAAGCGGAUCCAGAGGGCUGUGCCAACCGUCUUGUGGGUGGCUGGACUAUUGGUUCUUUUCAUCUACUUGUUGACGUACCUUUUCAAGGGCUGAUGUCCCUCACUAAUGACGAUGUGCCUACCGACAAUGUAUUGUAGAUAUGAUCCUUCGAGAAAUAUGUCAUCAUCUCAGCGCAGAAACCGCUUUGCGUGGGCGAGUGCCAAGCACACUGUUGUCAACUUGUCCUCUAGAACACAAGGCAGAGUAACAGCACGAAACGGCUAACGGCUCCAGUACGACGGGAGCGUAAAUUUGUAUCGUGCGGAAGGAAGAGAGGAUGUACUUUCGUUUUACACCUCAUGCUAGACAAUCGUGGAAGGCAGGCGUGUGACAUUUCUCUUCGGUCGUUAACUUGAGCGAACCACUCGACAACACGUGGCUCGUCAGAUACGAAGCGCCCUGUAUUCUAGAGGAAGCUGGCAAAUAUGCAACUUCCGAAAUCAGACCACGUGGAAAGCCGAAGUGACACGUGCACGGUUCUACAGCAUGCCCUCAUGUUUGCAUUGUUGCAACAUUUAUGCACACGUUGCUGCUGAGGGCAAGAUUCCGAAAUAAACUUGUACGACAAGC